UCAGCUGUGGACUCAUCCGCCUCUCAAGUGGCUCUAUUGGCUCUGGCCCCGCAAGGGUGGGCUCCAUUGGCUACCCAGCUGGCACCGACGUCCCCUUGGAGCCGGGUGGCAGCCGGAGGUAAAUAGCAUGUGCAAUCCUCCUCUCUAUAUUUAACAGCUGCUACAGAGAAGGUGGCGGCUUUUGUCUUCUGGGAGAAGGGCCUUGGAACUGGGCUGGGACUGGCCUUCUCAGAGUGAGUGAGGUCACCAUGCCGGCUUCCCAGAGCCGGGCCCGUGCCAGGGACCGCAACAAUGUCCUCAACAGGGCCGAGUUCCUGUCCCUGAACCAGCCCCCCAAGGGGACCCAAGAGCCCAGAAGCUCAGGUAGGAAGGCCUCAGGGCCCUCGACACAACCCCCACCCUCCGGCGAUGGGGCCCGGGAGCGUCGCCAGUCACAGCAGCUGCCCGAGGAGGACUGCAUGCAGCUGAACCCCUCAUUCAAGGGCAUCGCCUUCAACUCCCUCCUGGCCAUUGACAUCUGCAUGUCCAAACGACUGGGGGUGUGUGCCGGCCGGGCUGCAUCCUGGGCCAGUGCCCGUUCCAUGGUCAAGCUCAUUGGCAUCACAGGCCACGGCAUCCCUUGGAUCGGGGGCACCAUCCUCUGCCUGGUGAGAAGCAGCACCCUGGCUGGCCAGGAGGUGCUCAUGAACCUGCUGCUAGCCCUGCUCCUGGACAUCAUGACAGUGGCUGGAGUACAGAAGCUCAUCAAGCGCCGCGGCCCGUAUGAGACGAGCCCUGGACUCUUGGACUACCUCACUAUGGACAUCUACGCCUUCCCUGCUGGCCACGCCAGCCGUGCCGCCAUGGUGUCCAAGUUCUUCCUGAGUCACCUGGUGCUGGCGGUGCCCUUGCGUGUGCUGCUGGUGCUCUGGGCCUUCUGUGUGGGCCUGUCACGGGUGAUGAUCGGACGCCACCACAUCACAGACGUCAUCUCAGGCUUCAUCAUUGGCUACUUCCAGUUCCGCCUGGUGGAGCUCGUGUGGAUGUCCUCCAACACCUGCCAGAUGCUCAUCUCUGCCUGGUGAGCCAGCACCCACCGCCCAUCCGGGCUUUAGGCAGAGCUGGUCCCAGAGAGGUGGCUAGAAGCAGGUCAGUGGGGAAGGACUGACUCCACUUCCCCAUUCCGGUAGGAGGCUGACUUGUUAGUACUGUGGGGCUUCCUGUCCUUUUCGCUUGGACUCUGAGGCAGCCAGGACAACUCACAUGGGCUGUCAUGCUUAGCCUCUAUUCUUAGUCUGAAGACAAUAGAUGAGAACAAGAUGGCCAUAGGAGGGGCAGAGUCUUGUCCCUUCAUCACCAUGACAGCGGCUGUACUGUGCUACAAGACACCACAGCACAAAGCUCAGUGAAAUAUUCCCGCCUCUCACCCAACACAGGUGCCAGUCCAUCAGUGAUCACUGACAGCUUAGGGUGCCUGGGGGCCCCAGCCUGCAAGAUACUUCUGUGG